AUGACGGAGGAGAUCAAAUUAAGCGUACUAGUGUCUCUGUUCAACUGGAUUCAGAAGAGCAAAACCUCAUCCCAGAAACGCUCCAAGUUCCGCAAGUUCCUCGACACCUACUGCAAACCCUCCGAUUACUUCGCCGCCGUCCGUCUCAUCAUCCCGUCGCUCGACCGAGAGCGAGGCAGCUACGGUCUCAAGGAGUCUGUGCUCGCCACGUGUCUCAUCGACGCCCUCGGAAUCUCUCGCGAUGCUCCCGACGCGGUUCGCCUUCUCAAUUGGCGCAAAGGAGGAACCGCUAAGGCUGGAGCCAACGCCGGAAACUUCUCUUUGAUUGCUGCUGAGGUACUGCAACGUAGGCAAGGGAUGGCGUCGGGUGGGUUGAGUGUUAAGGAGUUGAAUGAUUUGCUUGAUCGUUUGGCUUCGAGUGAGAACAGAGGGGAGAAGACUUCUGUUCUUUCUACGCUGAUUCAGAAGACGAAUGCACAGGAGAUGAAGUGGGUCAUUAGGAUCAUUCUUAAAGAUUUGAAGCUGGGGAUGAGCGAGAGGAGCAUAUUUCAGGAGUUCCAUCCAGAUGCUGAGGACUUGUUUAAUGUCACUUGUGACUUGAAACUAGUCUGUGAAAAGCUCAGGGAUCGCCACCAACGUCACAAGCGCCAGGAUAUAGAAGUUGGAAAAGCUGUACGACCCCAGUUAGCUAUGCGUAUCAGUGACGUGAAUGCUGCUUGGAAGAAGCUCCACGGGAAAGAUGUAGUUGCUGAGUGCAAAUUUGAUGGGGAUCGCAUUCAGAUACACAAAAAUGGGACUGAGAUACAUUACUUCUCUAGGAACUUCCUUGACCAUUCUGAAUAUGCACAUGCCAUGUCGGAUCUUAUCGUACAAAAUAUAAUGGCUGACAGGUGUAUCCUUGAUGGUGAAAUGUUGGUUUGGGAUACAUCUCUUAAUCGGUUUGCUGAAUUUGGUUCGAAUCAGGAAAUAGCCAAAGCAGCAAGGGAGGGUCUCGACAGCCAUAGACAGUUAUGUUAUGUUGCCUUUGAUGUUCUUUAUGUUGGCGAUACUAGUGUCAUCCACCAGAGUUUAACAGAACGGCACGGACUCCUGAGGAAAGUGGUGAAGCCGUUAAAAGGCCGGCUUGAAGUUUUAGUGCCUGAAGGUGGUCUCAAUGUUCAUCGCCCUUCAGGGGAACCAAGUUGGUCUAUUGUGGUUCAUUCUGCAGCUGAUGUUGAGCGGUUUUUCAAAGAAACAGUUGAAAAUAGGGAUGAAGGAGUUGUGCUUAAAGACCUGGGAUCGAAAUGGGAACCUGGAGAUCGCAGUGGCAAGUGGUUGAAGUUGAAGCCUGAAUAUGUCCGGGCUGGUUCUGAUCUAGAUGUUCUUAUAAUAGGAGGAUACUAUGGCUCUGGCCGUCACGGAGGAGAGGUAGCACAGUUUCUCGUUGGGUUGGCUGACCGGGCAGAGGCAAAUGUGUAUCCCAGGCGAUUUAUGUCGUUUUGUAGAGUUGGCACAGGACUUUCUGAUGAAGAGCUUAACACUGUUGUAAGCAAACUGAAGCCUUAUUUCAGAAAAAAUGAACACCCAAAGAAGGCCCCACCAAGCUUUUAUCAGGUCACAAAUCACUCAAAAGAGAGACCUGAUGUUUGGAUUGAAAGCCCGGAAAAAUCAAUAAUACUCUCCAUCACUAGUGACAUCAGGACAAUAAGGUCUGAGGUUUUUGUCGCACCUUACAGCCUGAGGUUUCCUCGUAUUGAUAAAGUAAGAUACGACAAACCUUGGCAUGAAUGUCUCGAUGUGCAAGCUUUUGUGGAAUUGGUGAACUCAAGUAACGGCACCACACAGAAACAGAAGGAAUCCGAAAGCAUGCAGGACAAUCCGAAAGUCAUUAAAUCGUCCAAGAGAGGAGGAGAGAAAAAGAAUGCGUCACUUGUCCCAUCUCAGUUUAUUCAAACUGAUGUAUCGGAUAUCAAGGGCAAGACCUCAAUCUUCUCCAAUAUGAUAUUUUAUUUUGUAAACCUGCCUCGGUCCCAUUCUCUUGAUACAUUCCACAAAAUGGUGGUUGAGAAUGGAGGGAAGUUCUCGAUGAACUUAAACAAUUCAGUGACUCAUUGCAUUGCAGCGGAAAGCAGUGGAAUAAAGUAUCAGGCAGCAAAACGUCAAAGAGAUGUCAUCCACUUUUCAUGGGUCUUAGACUGUUGUUCACGGAAUAUUCUGCUUCCUUUGCAGCCAAAGUACUUCCUCCAUCUCACUGAUGCUUCAAGGACCAAAUUACAGGAUGAAAUUGACGAGUUUUCCGAUUCUUAUUUCUUUGAUUUAGACCUUGAAGGUCUCAAACAGGUCUUGAGCAAUGCCAAGCAAUCGGAAGACUCAAAAUCCAUUGAAUACUACAAGAAAAAGCUAUGUCCGGAGAAAAGAUGGUCCUGCUUCAUCGGUUGCUGCAUUUACUUUCACCUCUAUUGUGAAACAUUGAGUAUUGAAGAGGAAGCUCUGUUGGGAAUCAUGGCUAAGAGAUUAGCGCUUGAAGUCUUAAUGGGUGGUGGUAAAGUUAGCCAUAAUCUUUCUCAUGCCUCGCACCUUGUAGUCCUUUCUACAGCAGAAGAGACUUUGGAUUUUACUUCAGUUUCAAAAAGUUUCAGCGAAAAGGAGAAACGUCUUUUGCUGAAGAGAAGGCUACAUGUUGUUAACUCGAACUGGUUAGAGGACAGUUUGCAAAGAGAGCAAAAACUAAGCGAGGAUGUGUACACUCUGAGGCCUAAGAGUAUGGAAGAGUCGGAUACUGAAGAAUCAGAUAAAUCUGAACAUGAUACAACGGAAGUAGCUUCCGGUGUUAGUGCUCAAACCGAAGAGCCAGCUUCCUCGAAAAUGGCAGUUACGAGUUCAAGAGGACGGUCGAGUACUCGAGCUGGUAAUAAAAGGGGAAGGUCUUCUACAAACUCAGUGAAACGAGUACAGAGACGCAGAGGGAAACAGCCUUCUAAGAUAGGCGGAAGUGAAACAGAGGAGAGUGAUACGGCUUCGGAAGAGAAGGCUUCAACAAGACUCAGUGAUGAUAUAGCAGAAGAGACUGGUGAUACUCAAAGAAACUCUAGGAGAGGAAGAUCUGCAAAGAGAGGAAAGUCUCGUGUGGCACAACCCCAAAGAGUACAGAGAUCAAGAAGAGGCAACAAGCCUUUGAAGAUAGGAGGAGAUGAGUCUGAGGAAAAUGAUGAUUUUGAUGACAAGAAAAAUGAUUCCGCGGAGGAGGAAAACAAGGAAGAAACAGGAGAGCCUGACAAAGCAAAGCAAAGAGAUAACACAGUAACAGUUGAAGAGGCCUCCUCAAAAGAUUCUAGAAAUGCAAAGACCGAGAUAGAUAGGGAAGAGAAGAUACAAAUCCAUGAGGAUCCAUUACAAGCAAUGUUGAUGAACAUGAUCCCAAGCCUCAGUCUGAGAAACACAAGCCGAACUACGGGCGACGCUAGUACGGCUAAUGUUUGUGGUGAGAGUGAGUCUUCAGAGAGAAGAAAACUUGGCGCCGAGACUGAUAAUACGUGUGUGAUGAACGCAGAGGCAGGUGAAGUUCCUCCUCCUGUGAAGAAAAAGAAAGUUAGCUACCGCGAUGUUGCAGGAGAACUGCUCAAAGACUGGUGAAACAGCUGCCGUUACAGACCAAGUACACGAAGCUCCUAUUUCAUGUGUGUUAUGUAUAUACAAUAUAUGUUUUUCUGUGACCAUUAUUAUUACUCUUUUCGUUUCAUUCACAUAUAAUUUCAACCAUUUUGUUUGUCUUUUAA